UCCUCCACCUCUUUUAGCUGCCGCUCUCAAGGCUCAAGCUAUGAGAGCCGCCGAAGGAAAAACCAAGAAAACCAGGAGAGGACCGCAGCAUAGCCAAAGCCAAAGAAACAAGCCAAGAACAGCAAUGCCGAUGUCGAAAGCUCCAAUCAUCGCAGUCGUUAUCAUAUUGGCGAGUCUCCUAUUAGACGCCGUGUGGGCACAAGAACCAGCUCCAACCAACGGAACGGCGGCAAAACGGAAGCUAUCGCUGGGAAGUAUGGCGCGGGAAUUUGUACUGGCCCACAACGUGGUCCGCGCCCACUACCAGGAACCGCCUUUCAAAUGGGACAGGGGCCUAGCCCGGUACGCGCGACGCUUCGCCUCGAAGCGCGUAGCUGAUUGCCUGAUGAUACACUCGUUUGGGCCGUACGGAGAGAACAUAUUCUGGGGUAUGCGGGAUCACUGGACUCCAACAGAUGUGGUGGAGUCAUGGGCGAAAGAGCACAAGUACUACAAUAAGGACACCAACCAGUGCACACAGGGCCAAAUGUGUGGCCACUACACCCAGAUUGUGUGGAGGGAUAGCGUUCGAUUGGGCUGCGCCCGUGUGAAUUGCCUCAAUGGAGGUAUGUACGCUAUCUGUUCCUACGAUCCUCCGGGCAAUUAUAUUAACGAGAACCCUUUUGACAGCAAAUGGAACUCCGAUUGGGGCGACGAACCAGAGCCAGAUUCCUCCACCACUCCACCAACUUCAAUUGACCCUCCUUCCCCACCCUCACCACCUGCCGCUCAGCCCUCCCAAACUUAGUUGGACCCCUCAUACCUUUAUACUUGCCUCCGCAGCUCACCAUUGUAUAUAUUACGCAUCUAUAUCAAUAAAUUUUAUUUAUUUA